AUGUCUCCUGCUCAACCACAGAGGAUCUGUCGUUGCACAGCAUGCAAACAAACCCCUGGAGGAUUCCGAUCAAUCUCGUACACCAAUUGGGCCCGCCACAACCAGAACCCGCCCGUAGAGCUACCUCCUCCGCCACCACCUGGUGACCCUCGUCUACUUCACCCCCAGCCGGGUAUUCAUGCGUCAUCCUCGUCGGCAAGAUUACCAGGAAGCUCGUCGACAAGAGACGCUUUCCCAGCCCCACUACCACCUCCAGAACUCUCUCCAGCUCCUCCCGAGACCAUCGAUCUAGAUGACUACGAGAUGGGUGAUCCGUGGGACCAUGCCUUCUCCGACAAUUCGGGGCCUGACGUAACGCUGAGAGACGAUCUCUCCAUGAUCAACGACCAGUUCCACACCGCUCAAUCGGAAUAUGCUCGCAUAUCAUAUAAGUACCUGCUCCGCCGGAGCAGCUGGCGGAACACCCGUUCGGAUGCAUCCUUCUUUCGCUUGUUCCGAGUAGUGUUUCAGCGUAGCUCGCCAGCCCUAAUGCUUCCGUACGGUCGAUCCGCCCUGUUCCUUCGAGUAAUCGCCUGGCUAGCCCUUGUUCAUGUUCCCUAA